AUGGAUAUGAAGGGUGACGAAGCUCUUGCUUGGCAUCCGGUUCAUGAAAGCUUAUUUGUGAGUGGUGGUGGUGACGGUUCACUGGCAUAUUGGCUUGUCAACAGUGUAAAGGAACUUGCUUUCCUGGAACACGCACAUGAUCAAGCAAUAUGGUCUCUGGAAUGGCAUCCAUUAGGCCAUAUUCUUGCAUCUGGUUCAAAUGACAAUAAUACGAAGUUUUGGGCUAGAAAUCGACCAGGCGACACGCAGGAUGACAUUUUCGGACUAGCUUCACUUCCAGGUCCAGUAGCGGUGCCAGUAAAGGAAACUAAGACGGAAAAAACCGCAGAUGAAACGACAUUUGUGCCAGUAAUUCCAGGUAUGGCUCAUUUAUUGUUGGCUUAA